AUGAAAUACACUAAUAUUACAAAUAUAAAAGACUUCAUUAUCACAGGAUUCCCCGGACUUCUGCCUGAGUAUUAUGGACCCGUGUCUGUUCUUCUCCUGCUGCUUUUCCUAGCUAUUGUGGUUGGAAAUGUUUUCAUUUUAAUCGUUAUUAUGUAUGAGCGGACUCUUCACAAACCAACAUACUUGAUCUUUUUUCACCUUGCAAUGACAGACAUUGCGUUCGGCGUUGUGACGCUUCCAAAAGUCAUUGCCAGAUAUUGGUGGAAUGACACGAUGUCUUCAUUUGGAGCCUGCUUCGCACAAAUGUACUUUGUCCAUUCUUUGGGAGCUAUUCAUUCUUUACUUUUGCUUAUGAUGUCUUUGGAUCGUUUCGUUGCCAUAUGGCUUCCUUUCAGAUACCCUGUUUUGAUUACAAACAAAACAGUUAGUAUUGCUUGUAGCCUGUGUUGGGUUCUAACAUUCAUACGUAUAUUGGGGAUUGUGCUCCAUGCCUUGACGCUGCCUUACUGCGACCUAAAUAUCAUCAUGCAGUGCUACUGUGAUCAUAUAUCGAUAACUAGGCUGGGGUGUGGUGAAAAUGUUGCAUAUGUUAAAAAAGUUGCACUUGCAAAUGCCUUGUUCACUCUCUUGGUUCCUUUAACAUUUAUCAUUUCUUCCUACUUUUCUAUUAUCAUAGCUGCUCUGAAAAUGUCUCAGACUGGGGGUUGCCAAAAAGUCCUGUCCACCUGUACUCCUCAGAUCUUUAUUACCUGUCUCUAUUAUGUGCCAAGGUGUUUCGUUUAUCUCUCUCACAACUUGGGAUUCAGUUUUAGUACUGAUGCUCGUAUUAUUAUUACAAUGAUCUACAGCCUUUUACCCGCUGCAGUUAAUCCAUUGAUAUACUGUUUCAAGACUAAGGACAUUAAAAAGGCUUUGAUGCAGAGAUUUAAAAAUAAAAAAAUAAGGAUUGCGCUCAAAAGUGACCAUAAACACAAUAUUAAGUAA